AUGGCUCACCAACGCGGCGGUGAAAACGGGGACGGCCCAGCGAUGAGCUUCCGCCGGUUCAUUCAGGAGCUCAAGGACGAACAAGACUUGCUUGAAGUAAACUCAGAAGUAGACCCAUACCUGGAGCUGGCAGCCAUUAUACGCAGGGUAUACGAGGAAGAAGAGAAGGCGCCGCUCUUCAACAACAUUCAGGGCCGCAACGACAAUGGGCUUUUUCGAAUCCUCGGCGCACCCGUCGGCGUCAGCAAAAUUCCCGGCAAGCGGUACAUCAGGAUCGCAAAAUCGCUGGGCUUGCCCUCCGACGCUACUGCGGCAGACAUUAUUGAAAAGCUCAACCAUGCAAAGACACUGCCUGCCAUUCCCUCCAAGGAGGUACCCUCGGGACCCGUCAAGGAGUUCAAGCUCGUUGGAGAUGAAAUUGACCUUACCGCCCUGCCGAUGCCCUUUCUACAUCAGCACGAUGGGGGCAAAUUCAUUCAAACCUUUGGCAUGUACAUUGUCCGCAGUCCUGAUGGAUCCUGGGUCAACUGGUCCAUCACCCGGGCCAUGCUCCAUGGCAAGCGAACUUUGGUCGGCCCGGUGAUCCCCAGCCAGGACAUUGGCGUCAUUAGAGAAAUGUGGCGCCAGCAGGGCAAGGACAUGCCGUUUGCCUUAUGCUUCGGCGUGCCUCCUGCGGCCAUCAUGGUCAGCGGCAUGCCGCUUCCCAAGGGCGUCAAUGAAUCCGACUACAUCGGCGCACUUACCGGGAGUGCGGUGCAAGUCACCAGGAGCGAGACCAGCGACAUCCUCGUCCCCGCCAACGCGGAGCUGGUCUUCGAGGGUGUCGUGUCCAGCACCGAGACUGCGCCAGAAGGGCCCAUGGCCGAGUACCACGGGCUCAUCUUCCCAGGAGAGAGCCACGAGAAGCCUCUGUUUCGCGUCGACGCCAUAACCUACAGGAAGGACCCCAUAGUGCCAGUGUGCGUCGCCGGUAGAGCAGUAGAGGAGAACCAUACCGUCUGGGGCGUGACGCAGGCGGCAGAGGUGCUGUCCGUCUGCCAGGCCGCCGGGCUGCCCAUCAAGAUGGUAUGGAACCCUUUCGAGUCCCACUGCCUCUGGUUCGUCCUCCAGGUCGACGGGCCCAAGCUGCGCGCGCUGAACACGGACAUGAGCACCUUUGGCAACAAGGUCGGCCACGCCGUCUUUGCGUCCAAGCCCGGCUCCUACAUCCCCAAGCUGUAUCUCGUCGGUGAGGAUGUCGACCCGACGAGCAUCCAGGAUCUCAUUUGGGCCGAGGCCACGCGCUGCCAGCCGGGCGUUAAUGAGUUUUAUUUUGACCAGUAUCCUGUUUUCCCGCUGAUUCCAUACUUUACGCAUGGUGUGAAGCCAGAGGGCGGCAAGUAUAAGAAGGUGCUGCGGUGUUGCAUGUUUCCCUCCGAGUUUACGAAUGCGCCUCGGACUUGGGAACAGGGCUCAUUCCGGGCAUCUUAUCCACAGGAGGUGCAGGAUAAAGUGAAUGCGCAGUGGAAGUCGUAUGGCUUUGAAUAA